AACAAAAGGAAGGAGCACGGCGGAGCAAACCCUCUCCCCUCCUCUUAUAUUAACCCCACCUCCGCCUCCCUUCCCCUCUCCGCCCCCUUCCGCCCCAGAUUCCUCCGCACCGCCAUGGACGAUCUCGAGCAGGCCAUCCUGCUCGCCUCCGAUUCCCCGGCGGCCGCCGCCGCAUGCCCGGCCGUCCGCGCGGAGGCGCUCGCCUUCUGCGCCCGCGCACGCGACGAGUCCCCGCCGUCGUCGCUCCUCCGUCUCUGCCUCUCCGGCCUCACCUCGUCCCCGCACGCGCAGGUCCACUUCUGGUGCCUCCAGUCCCUCCACUACGCGCUCGUCCGCCGCCGCCUCGCGCUCCCCGACGACCUCGCGCUGCUCCGCUCCUCGCUCCUCUCCCUCGCGGUUUCCUCGCACUCCGCGUCGCCGCCCUUCCUCCGCAACAAGCUCGCCCAGCUUGUGGCGCUCCUCGUCCGCCUCGAUUAUCCCCAUGUCUACCCUUCCUACUUCCUCGACCUCCUCCCGCCCCCGCCGCCGCAGCCGGGCCCGACGGACAUGUUCGCGCGGGUCCUCAUCUCCCUUGAUGACGACCUGCUCUCCCAGGACUACCCCCGCAGUGCUGACGAGGCCUCCGACGCCAUGAGGGUGAAAGAUUCCAUGCGCGCGCAGUGCGUACCCCAGAUCGCCCGCCACUGGCACGCAGCCGCCUCGACCCUCCGCACAGCUGACCCUGCGGCCGCGGCCGUAGCCCUCGACGCGGCGCGCAGGUGCAUCUCGUGGAUCGAUGUCGGGCUGGUCGCGAAUGAUGUGUUUGUUCCUCUGCUCUUUGACAUUGCGAUGUCCCCUGGAAGUGCGGGUCCGCUUGCUGCUGCAGCGGUAGGGUGCCUUUCUGCUGUGGCGGCUAAGGGGAUGGACUCGAGGGCGAAGGUGGCAUUGCUGAGGUCGCUCCUGGUUGCACAGCAGGGGCUCGGUAGCCCAGACAGUGGAUUAAAGAUGGCACCAUUGGUGACUACAUACGCUGCGGAGGCUCUUGAAUGUUAUCGCAGGCUUGGCCCUAGCGACGCUGAUGGAGCCGCGGCAUUGGAGAUGUUGGAAGAGGUCUUAACGGCUGUAUUUGCAGCUGCGGAGAGCUGCGACGAGGAGGAGGUGGAUUCUGGUUCCGUGCUUGAAUUCUUAUCUGGCUAUGUGAGCAUGAUGAAGGCACCAUCCGAGAAGCAGUUGGGGCACUUGGGACGGAUCUUAGAGGUGGUCCGGGUGCAGAUGUCAUAUGAUCCAGCAUAUAGGGGUCAUCUUGAUGCACUUGACAAGAUAGGAAAGGAGGAGGAGGACCUAAUGGCGGAGCAGCGGAAGGAUUUAGUUGCAUUAUUCCGGAGCAUUUGUCGUGUGGCACCAGCUGCAGCCCAACUUUUCAUAAGAGGGUUGCUUGUGACAUCACUCUCAUCUGCAGAAGCUAGUGUUGAGGAUGUUGAGGUUGCUCUUACUCUGUUCUUCUGGCUUGGAGAAGUGGUGGGUGAGGAAGAGAUCCGGACUGGGACAGGGCUGCUCGGGGAGCUUGUGCCCAUGCUCCUUUCUGCAAGAUUCUCAUGCCACACACACCGCUUAGUUGCAUUGGUGUAUCUGGAGACAGUUACCCGCUACAUGAAGUUCACGCAGGAGCAUGUGCAGUAUGUGCCACAUCUGCUUGGUGUGUUCUUGGAUAACCGUGGCAUACACCAUCAGAAUGCUCAUGUGAGCCGGCGUGCAGGAUACUUGUUCAUGAGAGCUGUCAAGUUGUUGAAGGCGAAGCUUGUGCCUUACUUGGAUACCAUUUUGCAGAGCUUGCAAGAUGUACUUGGCCAAUUCACUUCUAUGGGCUGGACAAACAAAGAUCCAAAGCUACCCAGCUCAGAGGAUGGCAGCCAAAUUUUUGAGGCUGUUGGAUUGUUGAUCGGCAUUGAAGACAUAUCUCCAGAGAAGCAGGCUCAGUGCUUGACUGCUUUUCUAAAUCCUCUCUGUCAUCAGAUCGAGUCACUUGUUAUGGAUGCAAAAGCGCAAGGACAUGAAGAAUCAUUGCGAAGAGCGAUGAACCUUCAACAGAUUAUUGUUGCACUGAAUAUGGUCAGCAAGGGCUUUAAUGAGCGCCUUGUGAUGGGAAGUAGGCCAGCUAUUGGGGUCAUGUUCAAGAAAACCCUUGAUGUUGUUUUGCAAGUCCUUGUCUCAUUUCCUAACGUGAGAACCCUGCGAUCUAAGGUCAUAUCCUUUCUGCACCGGAUGAUUGAGAUAUUAGGUAUCUCAGUGCUUCCAUGUAUUCCACUGAGACAAUUGCUUCUUGAUAAUGAGGCAAAAGAUAUGGUGGAUUUUCUCAUAUUGGUAAACCAAAUAAUUUGCAAAUUUAAUUCUUCAGCUAGUGGCAUAUUGGAGGAUGUUUUUCCUACCAUUGCAAGUCGUUUGUCUGUCAUACUGUCACAAGAUGCAUUUUCAGCUGGUCCUGCAAGCAAUACCGAGGAAAUACGAGAAUUGCAAGAGCUGCAGAGGACAUUAUAUACAUUCUUGCAUGCUAUGGCAGCACAUGAUCUUUCUACAAUUCUCCUUGCUCCUAGCAGUAGGCAGUAUCUGGAGACCAUAAUGCAGUUGCUUUUGUUUACUUCAUGCAGUCAUAAAGAUAUACUACUCCGGAAGGCAUGUGUACAAAUUUUUGUCAAACUUAUAAAAGACUGGUGCACUAACUCUGAAGAUAAGCUUCCUGGCUUCCGAGUUUUUAUGAUCGAGAAGUUUGCUACUGGCUGUUGUUUAUACAGUGUCCUUGACAAAUCAUUUGAUCUACGUGAUGCAAAUACGCUUGUUCUCUUUGGUGAAAUCGUGAUGGCCCAAAAGAUUAUGUACGAAAGAUUUGGGGAGGACUUCAUUGUAAACUUUGUAACAAAAGGUCUUCCAGAAGCUCACUGCCCACCAGACCUAGCUGAACAGUACUUCCAGAAGUUACAGGGAAAUGAUAUCAAGGCAUUCAGGACAUUUUAUCAAUCGCUUAUCGAGAAAAUAAGACAACAAGAGAAUGGGAGUCUUGUAUUUAGAUAGCAUCAUUCAUUCAUUUUGAAUAUGUUUGCCAGCAGAAGACUCCUCAGCUGUGUGAUUCAAGUAUAGUUUGUAGGGUAGUUGUGUCGUCAAUGUAUAUAGAGCUACCAUUUGUGAGAUUGGAAGAUGUAUACUGCGGGAAUAUUUUUUUACCAAGUCUGGCUACCGUGGCGAAGUUCGUUAUUCAUCGCGUGCUAGUGAGAUGCAAGGGGGAGUGCAGAAAAAGAAAAAUACAGGGUUCCAUUUGUUUGUUUUGAUCUUUCUCCCCAAAUCAUAAAUUGUUCUGCUAUCUGGGCCUGAAAUUUUUGCAAGGUAUUUUCAGCGAACUAGUAGUUGGGACAGGGGAAAGAGUGUUGUGUAGGCAGUGUUUUUCCUGACAAAAAAUUGUCACACCGCCUGUUGUGUAUUGUGUUAUACCAAAUUUUGCGGGACUCAGAGGUUUUCACCCCCCCCCCCCCCAUAUUUGUCAUCAGGGGUACUGUACAUAUUCUUCAAUAUCCUUGUGCCAUUCGCUUCAUAAAUUAUUGUCACCUUUUCGUCA